AUGCCCGCUGUACUUCGUUCGAGGAUUAAGGCAGAAGAUGAGGGAGAGACAGAGCCGAAGUCUAGCUCGCCAAAAGCAUUUGGUCGGAGGAUCAAGAGGAGAAAGCGGAAUUCGACUGAUAGUGAGAAUGGCGAGAUAUCUGGGUCUGAUGGGUAUUUAGAACAUUCACAUGGGCCGGUGGGAAAUAGUCGACCCUUUGAGAUGGUUGGUGGUGUUCCGAGUAGCUUAGGAGUGCCAGAAUAUAGCUCAACGCUAACGCACCCAUUGAGUGUCAAGGAUUCAGCGGUGUUGUACUAUUCACUGGUGAACUCCAGAAAAACAUGGGUUCGCGGGGAAAUGUUCGAGCUUUACUUCACCAAGGCAGCCAAACCGGUAAAGGAUUCGGCCGGUGCGACGGAAGCACCAGCCCAGGCCGCGACAAUCCAGAUGCGAGAUAAGAUGCAGAAGCUAUGCGAUUGCACCAUGUUGGGAGGGCCUCACACGUUUCCCGUUAGACUUUUCAUCCUGAAGGAUGAAGAGAUGGAAAAGAAGUGGCACGAUGAGCAGGAUAUGAGGAAGAAAGAGAGAGAGGAGGCAAGAAGGAAAGUCAAGGAGGAGAAGCAGAGGCUUGCCGAGAUGAAGAAAGAAAUGCAGCAGAAGAAGAAGCAGGAAAGGGAAAAGCUACUCCAAUUGCGGAAGGAGAACAAGGCGAAGGGCAGAGUGGAACAAGAAGUCGUCAAGCAGCGACGGAAAAAUGACGUUAAGAAACAGAACGAGCACCAAAACCUGAAGCGAGCAGGAUCUAUAGUAUCCAAUUCUUCGACCAGGAGGUCCCCGGCGCCCAGUUCACAGUCAGUAACGAACCCUAAAAUGAUUGCGAACCUGAAUCUGAUGGCCCAAAAAGACCGUAAGCUUAAUACUUUGAUGGGUAUUGUGGCUAACGGUGAUGCUACUUUGGAACAGGUUGAGGAGUUCAAGAAAUUCAUCGAAAUCGCCAAGAAUAUGCCUCCUCCGCCUGGAUGGACCCCACCGCCGCAAGCUGUACAACAAACGGAGCGGAAGGACGCGCAUCCAAGCGCUAGUAAUGUUGAAGACAGAUCGUCCAACAAAGAUGAAGCGGCUACGAUAUUAAGCAAAGAUCCUGAGAAGGAGCGCGCAGAUGAGGAGGAUAUUAAGCCGACCGUCAAAGGGGAAUUUAAGCACAGUGAGGGGACGGCCAUCAAGAAAGAAGCAAACUCGAGAAGAAAAAAGGGUGAUAAUUCGAUUCAACAGGCUGGAAACAAUUCGGAUGAGAAAUCAAUGCACUUGACUGCUUUCCAGCAGAAAUACGUUCACGGAGCCCAGAUUAUCCUAGAAUACACGGAGUACACUACCCCCAGGUACCUACUGCCGAAGAAUGCAAUCAUAGAGUUUGUUGAAGAUGAUGGUAGUUUUCUUUUGUCAUGGAUUAUUGUUCAUAAUGAUGCAGAUAUAAAGCGACAUCGAUCGAAGAGGAUAAGGGAGCUGUCGAAAAGUUUGAAGUCUGAAGAGGAGAAAGAAGAAUUAGCGAAAAAUUAUGAUGUUUACUCUGAGAGAGGUUGCCCGACGCCCUUAUAUAGCCCAAUGACAGUGAAAUUUACAGGUAUUCAUCCCAAAUUUGCUCGUAUCCUCCUAAACAGUGUUGACCCAGCAGAAAAGGUACGAAAGGCAAUGACUACUAUAAUGGAGAUCGGCACACGAUUAUCAGGCUACAAUCUUUGGUACCAGCUGGAUGCAUAUGACGAUAAGGAUCUGGCCGAGAAAUUGAGAGUUAAACUCAAUGAGCAUGAGGAAGAAUCUAAAGGUAGAAAACACAGGCAAUAG